UCAUUGUCGUCUAUUUACUCUACCUAGACUUAGCUUAACCUUCUCGACUGUGGCCGCUAUUAAUUGAGCAAUAUUUACUGCCUGUAGGAUUUAUAGGGAUCUUGAACAGAUAGCACCAUUGUCUUCCUAAAGAUAACGAUGUUGUUUUUAUGUUCUUCGUCCAACAAGCCAGCGAGUACGAAUGGAAACCGGCAUUUUUUCAAACUGGUCAUUGCCAAGAGAUACAUUGACUAUCUUACAAUGGGCGUGAGAUUAUACGAAUUAAUUAGAAAAAAUACUAUUUUUCAUUGAAUGUCUUACAGUAAUGAAUAGCGGCUAAUUAACUGGGUUAAACCUUGACACGAAUCGUUUCGGCUUAUUAUAGGUACCAAUGCUUAAUGAUAUACAUAAUACAUAAUUUUUUGCGAACUUGUUUUCGCUUAUCUAUGGUUAUGUCAUAUUUUCUCAGUCGGGCACUUUAAACUAACCCGAGUAAUUGCAAUACACAGUAAAAUAUCAGCGGAAAAACACUGAACCUCCUAAGAAUCAUCCGUAUCUAAAAAAAGAAAAAUGCCAGUUCCAAAGACAGUGAAAUUGUACACCGGUGUGGAACUACCCACAGUGGGCUUGGGAACAUACACCUCAACAUCCACAGGCCAAGUGGAAGACGCUGUUAAAGCAGCCAUAGAUUCGGGCUACAGGCACAUAGAUUGCGCUUGGUUUUAUGGCAAUGAAGCCGAAAUUGGAAAAGCCAUCAAGGCAAAAAUUAGCAGCGGCGUGGUCAAACGAGAAGAUUUAUUCAUUACUAGCAAGCUUUGGAACAAUUUUCAUGCUAAAAGCGCAGUUCUACCUAAGCUGAAAGAAACUCUACAGGCAUUGCAACUGGAAUAUUUGGACCUGUAUUUGAUCCAUUGGCCUUUUGGAUUAAAAGAAGAUGCUCCGAAUAUGCCCGAAGGAGAUAUUGAGAAAUACUUUAGCGAUGUGGAUUAUUUGGAAACAUGGGGCGCAAUGGAAGAAGUCCAGAAAAUGGGGUUGACUAAAUCCAUUGGAGUGUCCAACUUUAACUCCGAGCAAAUUACCAGGCUAAUAGCUAAUAGCAAAAUAAAACCAGUUGUUAAUCAGGUGGAAUGUAAUCCGAACUUGAAUCAGAAGAAGCUGAUCAAGUUCUGCAAAGAACGCGAUAUAGUGAUAGUCGGUUAUACUCCUCUUGGCAGGAGUGAUCUUGUUGGAACUCCCGGCUUUCCAGUUCCCUCUAUUUUGGAUGAAAAAGUGGCCAAAAUCGCUCAAAAAUAUAAAAAAACUCCCGCUCAAGUUGUGCUAAAUUAUUUGGUGGCCAAUUUGGGGAUAGUCGUAAUUCCCAAAUCUGUAACCCCAUCUCGCAUUAAGGAAAACAUCGAUAUAUACGACUUCGAACUGGAGGCCGAAGAUGUUGCUUACUUUGAUUCAAUGAACCGAAACCUGAGGGUCUGCGGAUUCACUGACUUCAAGAACCAUAAAUAUUAUGCAUUCAAUGCCGAGUUUUAAAAACGACUCGACCCAGAUCCAAACUGCAGCUUUGUUAUGUAAAUUUAUGAAAUAAAUCAUUUAUUUACAAUAUUAA